AUGAAGACCUCCGUCGCCGGCACGCGGGUGCCGGUGUCAGUGCUGGUUCUGGUGGUGUUGGUCGUGAUCUGCAUGUCCGGCGACCGCGCCACAGCGCAGCAGGCUACUGGCGUGAUGGCCACGUACAACCUGUACCACCCGGAGCGGAUCAACUGGGACUUGCGCGUCGCGAGCGUCUUCUGUGCGACGUGGGACGCCGACAUGCCGCUGGCGUGGCGGAAGCGGUACGGCUGGACGGCGUUCUGUGGCCCCGCUGGCGCGCACGGCGAGCCCUCCUGCGGCCACUGCCUCCAGGUGACGAACACGGCGACGGGGGCGCGGACGGUGGCGAGGGUGGUGGACCAGUGCGCCAACGGUGGGCUAGAUCUCGACAUCGCCGUGUUCCAGCGGAUCGACACCGACGGCGGUGGCGCUGCCAACGGCCACCUCGUCGUCGACUACGAGUUCGUCGGCUGCCAAGACUGA